AUGGGUUUGCCUCUUGAUCAAGUGGAAGAAUUGCGUCUCUACCAGCAAACUCUUCUCCAGGAUGGACUCAAAGACAUGUUGGACCACAAUAAGUUUCUGGACUGUGUCUUGAAAGUCAAAGGGAAGGAGUUUCCCUGCCACCGGCUGGUGCUGGCAGCCUGCAGCCCGUAUUUCCGAGCCAUGUUCCUCUCGGACAUGGAAGAGAGCAAGAAGAGGGAGAUAAGUUUGGAAGACGUCGAUCCGGACGUCAUGGGCAAGAUCCUCCACUACAUCUACACCUCGGAGCUGGAGAUCACGGAGCAGAACGUGCAGGACAUCUUCUCCGUGGCCAACAUGUUCCAGAUCCCCUCCAUCUUCACCGUGUGCGUGUCCUUCCUGCAGAAGAGGCUGUGCCUCAGCAACUGCCUGGCCAUCUUCCGGCUGGGGCUGAUGCUGGACUGUGCCCGGCUGGCCGUGGCCGCUCGGGAUUUCAUCUGCGACCGCUUCGCGCUGGUCUCCCGCGACGAGGAGUUCUACCAGCUCUCCCCCGACGAGCUCAUCGCCAUCAUCUCCAGCGACUCCCUCAACGUGGAGAAAGAGGAGACCGUCUUUGAAGUGGUGAUGAAGUGGGUGGGGACCAAGGACUGCGAGAGCCGGCAGAAGGCCCUGCCUGUCGUCUUCGAGAGCAUCCGCUUCCGCCUCAUGCCCAACGACUACAUCAGGGACCACGUGGAGAAGCACAACGUGGUGAAGUCCAGCCCCGAGCUCCUCAAGAAGCUGCAGAUGGUGAAGGAUGCCCAGAAAGGCAAAUUCACUGUGGUGAAGAAGAAGAAAGUGAAGAAAACCAGUGAAAAUCAAGCGAAGGAUAACGUUGUCAAUGGAGCAGUAGAUGAGGAGGAAGACACGGAGGAGGACGCUCUCCCUGGGAUCUUAAAUGACACCAUGCGCUUUGGGAUGUUCCUCCAGGACCUUAUUUUCAUGGUGAGCGACAGUGGGGCAGUGGCCUAUGAUCCCAAUGCCAACGAGUGCUAUUUUGCCUCCCUGUCCACUCAAAUCCCAAAGAACCACGUCAGUCUGGUGACCAGAGAGAAUCAGAUCUUCAUCGUUGGAGGACUGUACUACAACGAGGACAGCAAGGAGGAUCCCAUGAGUUCCUACUUCCUACAGUACGACCAUCUGGACGCAGACUGGCUGGGGAUGCCCCCCCUGCCCUCCCCUCGCUGCCUCUUCGGCCUGGGAGAGGCGGAAAACUCCAUUUUUGUGGUCGGAGGGAAAGAACUGAAGGAGGGGGAGAAGACCCUGGACUCUGUGCUGUGCUACGACCGGCUGUCCUUCAAGUGGGGUGAAGCUGAUCCCCUCCCCUACGCGGUCUAUGGUCAUGCUGUGGUGUCACACAAGGACCUUGUCUACGUCAUCGGGGGCAAAGGAAGUGACAAGAAGUGCCUGAAGAAGAUGUGUGUCUACAACCCAUCCAAGUUUGAGUGGAAGGACAUGGCUCCCAUGAAAACUGCCCGUUCCUUGUUCGGGGCCACCGUGCACAAGGACAAAAUCUACGUGGCCGCCGGUGUGACCGACUCCGGCUUGACCAACUCGGUGGAAGUCUAUGACAUUGCCACCAACAAGUGGGACACGUUCACAGAGUUCCCCCAGGAGCGCAGCUCCGUCAGCCUGGUCAGCCUGUCUGGGGUGCUCUACCUGCUCGGAGGGUUCGCCACAGUGGAGACGGAGUCGGGAGAGCUGGUGCCAACGGAGCUCAACGAUGUUUGGAGGUAUGAUGAGGAGCAGAAGAAGUGGGAAGGGGUUCUCCGGGAGAUCCAGUACGCCUCCGGCGCCACAUUCCUCCCCGUGCGCCUCAAUGUCUUGCGUCUAACAAAGAUGUAG